GACAUUUCGAUAACCCGAUAAGUAGAUUGGACUACUAGUGCAAAGCAGUCUCGAACUCAUACCAGCUCUGUACUUGUUUUGAAGACUUUUCUCUUACUUUGUCACCUAUCACCUUGAGAUAAAUCGUAGUCACCCCUUCGCAAUGGGUGUUCCAGCACUCUUUAGAUGGCUGACCAAGCAAUAUCCCAAGAUUGUAUCGCCUGUCAUUGAAGAGCAGCCACGCGAAAUAGAUGGGCAAAUUAUUCCUAUUGAUAUCAGGGGACCCAAUCCUAAUGGAGAGGAAUGCGACAACCUUUAUUUGGACAUGAACGGAAUUGUUCACCCUUGUAGUCAUCCGGAAGAUCGCCCUCCACCCAAAGAUGAGGAGGAAAUGAUGUUGGAAAUCUUCAAGUACACGGAUCGAGUAGUUAACAUGGUGCGACCCAGGAAACUCUUGAUGAUUGCUAUUGACGGAGUAGCGCCCCGUGCCAAGAUGAAUCAACAACGCUCUCGUCGAUUUCGUUCUGCGCAAGAGGCAAAAGAGAAGGCAGAGGAUAAGGCAGAGUUGCUCAAGAUGUUGAAAUCCCAAGGUAGCCAUAUCGAAGAGACGGAAGUCAAGAAGGCUUGGGAUUCCAACGAAAUCACACCGGGAACUCCGUUCAUGGAUAUUUUGGCCCUUAGUCUCAGAUAUUGGAUUGCGUACAAACUCAACACUGACCCCGCUUGGGCAAAGAUGAAAGUCAUCAUCUCAGAUUCUACCGUCCCAGGAGAGGGUGAACACAAAAUCAUGGAAUUUGUUCGAUCCCAAAGAUCUUCUCCUGAUCACAAUCCCAAUACCCGUCAUGUCAUGUAUGGAUUAGAUGCCGACUUGAUCAUGUUGGGUCUUGCAACGCAUGAACCUCAUUUUCGUAUAUUGAGAGAAGAUGUUUUCUUCAAUGAUGGAAAGCCAAGGACCUGUAAAUUAUGCGGCCAACACGGGCAUGAAGCUCGAGAAUGCAAAGGCAUGUACAAGAUAAAGGAUGGUGAGUUUGAUGAAAAGGCUAGCGCCCCUACUCUCAAACCAUUUAUUUGGCUCCACGUCUCAGUUCUUCGAGAAUAUCUAGCUGCAGAGAUGUAUGUUCCUAGCCAACCCUUCAGAUUCGAUCUUGAAAGAGCUCUAGACGACUGGGUUUUUAUGUGUUUCUUUGUCGGAAAUGAUUUCUUACCUCAUCUUCCUAGUCUCGAAAUUCGAGAGGAUGGUAUUAAUACUUUGAUUGCCAUCUGGCGUGAUAAUAUUCCAUACAUGGGUGGUUAUCUGACUAAAGACGGUCAUGUAGACCUCGAAAGGGCCCAAUUCAUCCUCGAUGGAUUGGCCAAGCAAGAGGAUGCCAUCUUCAGAAAAAGAAGAAAGAACGAAGAGAAUUUCCAAAAGAAGCGCAAGCUCAACAAUGAGCGAAAUGCUCGUGGCCGUGGAAAUAACGGUGGUCCACAGGAUUCGCCAUAUAACGGUAGACAGCCUCCUGGUGGAGCUGCUCCGACCGGCUUACCACUGUUCACUCCAGGCGUCGCCAACAAGGAAGCCAAGGCCAUGACCCAUGAUAUGGUGAUGAACCGAGGUGCUGCUUACAAGGCCAGUAUCGCUAACAAAAGUGCGGCUGCAGCCCUGAAGGAAAUGAUGAAUGGCAAGUCAGCUGAUGAUAACGGUAAGCCUAAAGCCGACGAUACGUCGGCGGAAUCACCAGCAACCGCACUGGGAAAACGUAAAGCAGAGCUCAUUGAGGAUGAUGACAGUAGCACACCAGGACGCAAUACACCCACUUCUGGGACACCAGGAACCCCAACAACACCUGGAGACGACCUUCCCCCUGACACCGUCAGACUAUGGGAAGAUGGAUACGCUGAUAGAUACUAUGAGCAGAAGUUCAACAGAGAUCCUAAGGAUAUCGAGUUUCGUCAUGAGGUUGGCAGAGCCUAUGUGGAAGGAUUGGCAUGGGUUUUGCUAUACUAUUUCCAAGGGUGUCCAUCUUGGGAUUGGUAUUACCCUUACCAUUAUGCUCCUUUUGCCGCAGAUUUUGCCAAUCUUAAGGAUAUGAAAAUCGAUUUCCAGAAAGGAAGAAUUUUCAGACCAUUUGAACAACUUAUGGGAGUCCUUCCAGCAGCUUCAAGACAAGCUAUUCCGGAGCAAUUUCAUCAUCUAAUGACCAAUGAAGAUAGCGAGAUUAUUGAUUUCUAUCCCGAGGAUUUUGUAGUUGAUUUGAACGGUAAGAAAUUCGCUUGGCAAGGCGUUGCUCUAUUGCCAUUCAUUGAUUCGGAGCGAUUACUCGAUGCAAUGGCUAAGGUAUAUCCCACACUACCCGAGGACGUUUCGGCUCGCAAUGGCCUUGGAAGAGAUGUUCUCCUAGUCUCGGAAGCUCAUCAUGAUCUCUAUGAUGAGAUUACCAGCAAAUUCUAUUCAAAGAAACAAGAUGCACCUCAUAUGAAACUGAACCCCAAGGUCAGUGAAGGUUUGACAGGACGGAUUGAGAAGAACGAGGAUUACCUUCCAUACAGCUCUUUGGCGUUCCCGUUGGACAGUGAUGCCAUGCCAAGCCUUGAUGAAGAUCGAUCAAUACGUGUACAUUAUGAGAUGCCCAAGUCUAACCACAUUCAUAAGUCUAUGUUAUUAGUAGGAGUCGAUUUCGGCAAACCGGCACUCAAUCAGAGCGAUAUCGAAAUGACAAAAAGCAGGGCAUCUAGAUCAGGUCGAAAUCAUGGUGGAGUGCCGUUACAAGGUGAUGGAAGAGGUCGCAACCAAUUCAACUAUGGUUCUGGCAACAACAAUCGCGGCAAUGGCAAUCGUUACAAUGGUCCAGGAACGACAGCACCUAGAUAUAACAACCAAUCUUAUGGUUCUCAAAACAAUUACAACAACUACAAUCAACCGCCGCCUCCACCAGGCUGGCAACCACCUCCGCCCGGAGCUGGAGGGUUUGCUCGUGGACCUCCUCCCCCACCACCAGGUUCAUACGGUGCCUAUCCACCACCACCACCUCCACCCGGAUAUGGAGGUUAUAACAAUUACAACAAUUACGGUGGAAGACGUUAAAUUAGGUUACUUCUAUAGUUUCUGCUGGUCUACCGUUGAAAGAUGAUAUAUAUUUCUUCAUGUACAAUAUGAUGAUACUGAUCCAGAGGCCAAACUUGCCACAUCGAAACCGAGAGAGCUCAACAGGGAAUAGGGAGGUAAUUAAGGGGAAAUUUAGAGAACUGGAAAAAGCCGAGAGGAGAAAAGAAUGAGACAGAAAAAGAGAAAUCUAUUGAUCCAAUCCCAUACAUGUCUAAUACAACAGUCUUAUAUCAUGAAAACGGAGCAAAGAAUUGGGACGGCAAGACCUUACCUAAAAAUAUUUGGGCGUUUCUGGGUCUGAAUUCAAAAACUCUAUCA